AUGGAGAACCUACUACGUCCCCCCCCAAUUGAAUCCCUCGAAGCCUACAAACACAUUUCCGCGGACUCGGGUUACCCUACCGUGAUUCACUCCCACUACAAUAUCAAGAUUAAGGCUCAUACCCCCCCGGAUCCUCCUCGCGAAGAGAUAACGCCGCCAAAAGACCGAGGAUUCUAUGCUGAUCCAGAGAAGAAAGCAUUACUUGCCGUUGCUAAACUAGUUGACUUGACUGAAAGCAUCGGCACCGAGCUAAAGGAUGUGCAGCUGAGUCAACUGGAUGACCAGCAACUGGAUGAACUCGCUGCACUAGUCAAUGAGCGUGGUGUUGUCUUCUUCAGAGACCAAGACUUGACAACCGAGAGGCAGGUUGAGAUCUUCGAACAUUUUGGGAUCUUGGACAAACACACCACGCAGAAUGAUAAAAAACAUUUCAUAGUGUCCGGCAGUAACUCGGACUGGCGUACUGUUUCGAAAUAUACUCCAUGGCCAAUGAUGGAAUUUCAUGCCGAUACAAGCUUUGAGAUCAACCCACCGAGCUACUCUCUUCUCCGCAUGGAAGUCCAUCCCAAAGUCGGUGGAGACACGGCCUGGGUGUCUGGAUACGGCCUUUAUGAUGAACUCAGCCCCCAUAUGCAAAAGCUAUUGGAAGGAUUGCAUGCUAUUCACACCUCGCGUUUGCAAUACGAUACUACUAUUGACUACUACAACGACUCACCCAACCGUCCCCCAAUCGAUACUCACCAUCCCGCCAUUCGCACACACCCCGUAACUGGCUUUAAAGCCCUGAACGUGAACAUCGCCUACUGCACCGGCUUUGCCGAGCUUAAGAAAGCAGAAUCCGACGCCCUGCUCCAGUUCCUGAACCUGCAUAUCCACAGCGCAGAUGAGCACCUCGUCAGGUGGAAAUGGGCCGUUGGGAGCAUCGCUUUAUGGGAUAACAGAGCAACGCUUCAUCGCGUCAUACCGGGGAAUUAUCCCACGGGUGCAAGGAGAGGAAUCAGGACUACGGUCUUCGGGGAGAAGCCAUUCUAUGACCCGAAGAGUGAAAGCCGCCUGGAGAGAGCGGAGCGGCGCGUUGGUGGUGAAAAGACGUGA